CGUUGCAUUUGGCCCAGGCCCCGUCCAUGGCCGCCCUUGGGACCCUACGCUGAGCCCCGGAGGCCCUGGCAUCCGGGGCUGCGCCGCUCCCAAAGGUCAAAGGUGUGUCAAGAUUCCAAGGACGACCGUGGGGGCGCGGGCCACGCGGACAUGAGGCGGAGGCUGCGCCUACGCAGAGAAGCGUCGCUCACGCUGCUUCUCGGCGCCGCCCUCGGCCUCCUCCUCUACGCGCAGCGCGAUGGCGCGGCCCCGACGACAAGCGCGCCGCGAGCUCAAGAGGGGGCGGCGCUGCAGCCCACCGCGGGGCUCCGUGUAUUCCCGGCACCCGACGCGGGUGCAGCCCCGCCGGCCUACGAAGAGGACACGCCGCAGCCGCCCACGCCCACGGGACCCUUUGACUUUGGUCGCUAUCUGCGCGCCAAGGACCAGCGGCGCUUCCCUCUGCUCAUUAACCAGCCGCAGAAGUGCCGAGGAAAUGACGCAUCUGCCGGCGGACCUGACCUGCUCAUCGCCGUUAAGUCGGUGGCGGCGGACUUCGAGCGGCGCCAAGCCGUGCGCCAGACGUGGGGUGCUGAGGGUCGCGUGCAGGGGGCGCUUGUGCGCCGGGUGUUCCUGCUGGGCGUGCCCAGGGGCGCAGGCACGGACGGGGCAGACGCGGAAGGGGCGGGCACGCAAACGCACUGGAGCGCUCUGCUGCGUGCUGAGAGUCGAGCGUACGCAGACAUCCUACUCUGGGCCUUCGACGACACUUUUUUCAACUUGACGCUCAAGGAGAUCCACUUCCUGGCCUGGGCCUCCGCCUAUUGCCCCGACGUGCGCUUCGUUUUUAAAGGCGACGCCGACGUGUUCGUGCAUGUGGGAAACCUGCUGGAGUUCUUGGCGCCGCGGGACCCGGCGCAGGACCUGCUUGCGGGUGACGUGAUUGUGCAGGCGCGGCCAAUCCGGGUGCGGGCUAGCAAGUACUACAUUCCCGAGGCUGUGUACGGCUUGCCCGCCUACCCGGCCUAUGCAGGCGGCGGUGGCUUCGUGCUCUCAGGGGCCACACUGCGCCGCCUGGCUGGCGCCUGCGCGCAGGUUGAGCUCUUCCCCAUCGACGACGUCUUUCUGGGCAUGUGUCUACAGCGCCUGCGUCUCACACCUGAGCCGCACCCUGCUUUCCGCACCUUUGGUAUCCCUCGGCCUUCAGCCGCGCCGCACUUACGCACCUUUGACCCCUGCUUUUACCGCGAGCUUCUUGUAGUGCACGGGCUCUCCGCUGCUGACAUCUGGCUUAUGUGGCACCUGCUGCACGGGCCGCGUGGGCCAGCCUGUGCGCAUCCAUGGCCUGUCGCUACUGGCCCUUUCCAGUGGGGCCCCUAGCCACUUACCACAGCACCCAGCUCCCCUCAUUCAGACCCAGGAUGUAGUGGGAGGUGGUUUUAAUGGUAGGUUUCCCAGGGCGGAUUACUGCGGUGUGUAUGGUUCUUCCGCAGAAAAGGGCGUGAGUUCAGGAUCCAGCCCCAUUGUCACCAGGAGUCUGCCUCCUCAGGGUCUCAGGGAUUGAAGAUUGAGCUUGGCUCCUGCUGACCUACCCUAAUGGGAGGUGAUCUGGAACCAAUCAAAUGGUGGCUCUUGAGAUGGGCAGGGAUGAGGUGGUGCACCAUCAGGCUCUUUGCCAAGCGGGUAAACAAGUUUGGUGCUCCUAGUAGGGAUGUGUGUGUGGUGGGAGUGGCAGAGGCUCAUGGAAUCUGACCAUACUCCUUGGCUUGGAAUUCUUAGGGCAGACAAAUGCAGGUCUUUCUCAAGGAUGGCCCCACAGGGAGGGGCAGGGGUAGGGACCUGACCUCAGUCCUCAUGGGACUGGCAGGCAUUCUCCCACAACUCAAUCUGAAAGUAGGUGUUUUGCUUCCUACCUGUCCCUUCAAAGUGGAUUCUUAACCCUGUCCAGGUCUUUAGUUUUCCUACUGUCUGCUUUCCUGGGGCCAACUCCUGAGCCCUGGACUGGAUGGAGCACCAGGGAUGGAGACACACAGGGACUGAGGGCAUUGUCCUACCUAAAGUCUUUCACCACCUCCAGCUACCCACUGAAAAAGAACCUACAACCACAAAACAGAGUCUCCUACUGGAGGCCAUGCUGCCCCCUUCAGAGAAGCCAAGGAACCUCUUUUCCUAAGAUGACUUCACUAUAAAUUUCCCCAUAUUCUUCAACCACCCCCUUUUUCAUCCCUCCCCAAAAAACAAUGCCUCCAUGCUUAUUUUAGUACAAACACCCCAGCAACAGCAUAUUGCUGAGGGCAUAGGUCUUUAUUGGAGGAGGGGUGUGGGCAGGGCAUGAGGAAGGUUCCCCCAUUCUACGAGGAUGGGAACAGUCCUGGCUGCCACACAGUGGGAUGUGCAGGGUGUCUCUGGCCAGGCCACAGUCCACAUGGGAAGACACUAAUCAGUCACAAAGUCAUGGGAAUGCCACACAAGCCUGGCUAUAUGCCCAGGAACCACAAAGGAGCCCGGGACACUCAUUGUUAAACUAUACAGGAUGAGGCUGUACAUGAGUUAAUUACAAAAGUCAUAUUUACAAAAAUCUGUACACACAUUUGAAAAACUCACAAAAUUGUCAUCUAUGUAUCACAAGUUGCUAGACCAAAAUAUUAAAAAUGGGAUAAAAUUA